AUGAGGAAACUACUGGUAGUGAGCGUCUUCCUGGCGCUAGUCUGUGUUCCUGAUAUUAAUGGCGAUGUCACAACAACAGCAAAACCCAAACAACAGAAUCAGAAUUAUUUGUCUUUGUUUGAAAAGGGGAUAGAGACACUACUUAACAGUAAUAUAUCUACAUCACAAGGUUUUUCACAGCUUUCUAACCUUGUUUCUCUCUUUCCCACGCCAACAGUACAAGACGUUCUGAAGCUACUCAAGGACUUAAAUGUGUCGAUUCCAUCAGCAUCACAAGCCACAGGAGCUUCGCAGCUUACCAAAAACUUGCAAGCAGUGGGACAAUCUUUAGCGUCUAGCUACAAUGUGAGUCAGGGCUAUUACAAAUAUCUAAGUCCAGCGUGUAACGUUGCCAUGGGAACGUUUGGUUCACAGCUACUAGCCGGAAAGCAGUGGGCUUUAAACAUGCUAGACUCCUGGGGGAAACCUCACUCAGGAAUAACACAAGGAAACAUUAAAUGGUACGGGAUGUAUGACGAGUGUAUGGACAUCGUUGCUGAAGUCAAUGGAGACAUUGCAUUUGAAACCAACUAUUGCGGCGCUUAUAUUCACACGCCUAUCACGGGUCCAACUGGAGAUGUGGAACUUAUUAUGAGGGUAUGCCUGCCGUCAGUCUGUACAGGAGGAGACCCUAGCCUCAUUGCCAAUGCGUUUCUAGCCUACAUACCGGUUACCCCGAAACUUACAGUGGACUAUGCCUGGUGUCAGACGGAACCAGAGUACGACCUCAGAACAACAAUAACAAUAUGUGUCUGUGGUGCAUUCCUCGCUCUUAUGACACUGGCAACGCUCUUCGACGUGUUCGUCGUUGGUCCAGCACGAAAGAAAACAAGUAAAAUAUCAAAUGACCAGGCAAAAUGUGAAACUACGUCUUAUCCUAACCACGAAACUGGUGAAGAUAAAAACAUCGAGGCUGUGAAAGUAGACAUAACCAACACACCUUCAGUCAUUCAAACAAUGAAUUACAAGCCAACAGUUACACCCAGAUAUACAGGCGUGCUCUCCAAAAUGCUCCUGUCGUUUUCGGUAUGGACGAAUGGACGGAAAUUGUUGAGUGCGGAACAGACAGGAGGAACGAUGGGAGCCAUCAAUGGUAUCCGAUUCCUGAGCAUGUCGUGGGUUAUUUUGGGACAUACCUACAUAUUCAGUCUCAUGCAGGGAAGCCUAUUGAAUGCCUUUCCAUUUGGAGCAAAAAUGAUUAAAAGGAGAAGUUUCAUGGCUAUUACGAACGGUUUGCUCUCUGUGGACACAUUCUUCACAAUGAGCGGCCUGUUGUUGAGCUACGUGUUCAUGAAGGAGAUGAAGAGGGAGAGAGGUCGUAUUAACUGGUUCAUGUUCUACUUCCACAGGUUCUGGAGACUGACGCCUCCUUACAUGCUGGUGAUGAUGUUAGACAUCGUGGUUUUCCGUUACCUUGGUGACGGCCCAGAGUGGUCACCCACUGGUCUGGAAACCGACUACUGUAAGGAAUCAUGGUGGACUAACCUUCUCUACGUCAACAAUUUUGUGAAGACGGAUAAAACGUGCUUCGGCUGGUCUUGGUAUCUCGCUAAUGAUAUGCAGUUUUACGUCGCGAGUCCACUUAUACUCGUCCCGUUAUAUUUCUCUAAGAAGAUCGGAAGUGUCAUUGUCGCUAUUUUUCUGUUGGGAACAACCAUAGUGAGUGGAAUAGUGUCAAAACACUUUGAACUUCCUUCUACACAAUAUUCAACCGUACAUAAUCCACACAGCGAUGAUUAUUUCAACAAUUAUUACAUCAAACCUUACUGUCGAAUGGGACCCUAUCUCGUCGGCUUAAUCACCGGCUACAUCCUGUACAGGACCAAAGGCAAAUACAAAAUCGCGCCGCCAGUGAAUAUAGCAAUAUGGAUUGUGAUGACGAUAAUUGGUUGUCUGGUUACUUAUGGUAUCUAUGAGGAGGCUAACGGGAACUGGAUGAGUGUUGAUGUUGCCGCCCUUUACAACGCCGUUCACAAACCGUUGUGGGGGGUAUGUGUGUCGUGGGUCAUCUUCGCAUGCGUAACCGGAAAUGGUGGAUUUAUUAACACCAUCUUGUCCUGGAGUCCAUUCAUCCCUCUCGGGCGGCUGUCGUACUGUGCUUACCUCGUCCAUCCGAUCGUUAUAUUUGUGUACAUGAGAUCCCUGAAACAGACUGUGUAUGCAACUGAUUUUGUUAUGAUCUACCUUUUCCUUGGUCAUCUCGUGACAUCCUACGCUGUUGCCUUUGUCGUGUCUCUUGCCUUCGAGUCCCCCAUGAUGGGGCUAGAAAAGGCUAUCUUUCGGCGAGGUGAAAAGAAAAAAUGA